AACAGGACAGCGGCGGUCGCGCGACCCGGAAGUAUUCCCAUUUUGCGUCGUCUGGGCUCGGUUGGCGGCCGGGCUCCAGACGAACGCACUAAUCAUGGGGUCGUCAAAGAAGCACCGCGGAGAGAAGGAGGCGGCCGGGACGACGGCGGCGGCGGGUGCCGGGGGCGCCGCCGAGCAGCCGCCGCGGCAUCGAGAGCACAAGAAACACAAGCACCGGAGCAGCGGCGGCGGGAGCAGCGGCGGCGAACGACGGAAGCGGAGCCGCGAGCGUGGGGCCGAGCGCGGGAGCGGGAGGCGCGGGGCCGAGGCCGAGGCCCGCGGCGGGGCGCACGGUCGCGAACGAAGUCAAGCGGAGCCCUCGGAGCGGCGCGUGAAGAGGGAGAAACGCGAUGACGGCUACGAGGCCGCUGCCAGCUCCAAAACCAGCUCUGGAGAUGCCUCAUCACUUAGCAUCGAGGAGACCAAUAAACUCCGCGCAAAGUUGGGGCUGAAACCCUUGGAGGUCAAUGCUGUCAAGAAAGAGGCGGGCACCAAGGAGGAGCCCGUGACAGCUGAUGUCAUCAACCCCAUGGCCUUGCGACAGCGUGAAGAGCUACGGGAGAAGCUGGCAGCUGCCAAGGAAAAGCGUUUGCUGAACCAAAAAUUGGGGAAAAUCAAGACUUUGGGAGAGGAUGACCCCUGGCUGGACGACACCGCAGCCUGGAUUGAGAGGAGCCGGCAGCUGCAGAAAGAGAAGGACCUGGCAGAGAAGCGGGCCAAGCUACUAGAGGAGAUGGACCAAGAGUUUGGCGUCAGCACUUUGGUGGAGGAGGAGUUUGAGCAGAGGCGACAGGACCUUUAUAGUGCCCGGGACUUGCAAGGCCUCACUGUGGAACAUGCCAUCGAUUCCUUUCGAGAAGGGGAGACUGUGGUUCUCACCCUCAAGGACAAAGGAGUGCUACAGGAGGGGGAGGACGUGCUGGUGAAUGUGAACAUGGUGGACAAGGAGCGGGCAGACAAGAAUGUGGAGCUUCGGAAGAAGAAGCCGGACUACCUGCCCUAUGCGGAAGACGAGAGUAUUGAUGAUUUGGCACAGCAAAAACCCCGCUCUAUCCUGGCCAAAUAUGAUGAGGAGCUGGAGGGCGAGCGACCACAUUCCUUCCGUUUGGAGCAAGGUGGCAUGGCUGAUGGACUGAGGGAGCGUGAGCUAGAAGAGAUCCGGGCUAAGUUACGGCUGCAGGCUCAGUCUCUGAGCUCUGUAGGGCCCCGGCUGGCCUCUGAGUACCUAAGUCCUGAAGAGAUGGUGACCUUCAAAAAGACCAAGCGGAGGGUGAAGAAAAUCCGAAAGAAGGAGAAGGAGGUGGUCAUGCGGGCAGAUGACUUGCUGCCUCUUGGGGACCAGACUCAGGAUGGGGACUUUGGAUCCAGGCUUCGGGGCCGGGGUCGCCGUCGAGUUCCUGAGGUGGAGGAGGAGGCCCUGGAGGAUGAGGAGAAGGACCCUGUGGCUCAGCCCCCACCAUCGGAUGAUACUCGAGUAGAGAACAUGGACAUCAGUGACGAAGAGGAUGGGGGAGCCCUUCCAUCAGGGUCCCCAGAGGUGCUGGAAGAAGAUGAAGCAGAGCUGGAGCUGCAGAAGCAACUGGAGAAGGGGCGCCGUCUGCGGCAGCUGCAGCAACUGCAGCAGCUUCGAGACAGCGGUGAGAAGGUGGUGGAGAUUGUAAAGAAGCUGGAGUCUCGCCAGCGUGGCUGGGAGGAGGAAGAGGACCCUGAGCGGAAGGGGGCCAUCGUGUUCAAUGCCACUUCCGAAUUCUGCCGCACGCUGGGGGAAAUCCCCACCUAUGGGUUGGCUGGCAACCGGGAGGAGCAGGAGGAGCUCAUGGACUUCGAAAGGGAUGAGGAGCGCUCAGCCAAUGGCGGCUCUGAAUCAGAUGGGGAAGAGAACCUUGGCUGGAGCACCGUCAACCUGGAUGAGGAGAAGCAGCAACAGGAUUUCUCUGCUUCCUCUACCACCAUCCUGGAUGAGGAGCCCAUCGUGAACAGAGGGCUGGCUGCUGCCCUGCUCCUGUGUCAGAACAAAGGACUGCUGGAGACCACAGUACAAAAGGUGGCCCGGGUGAAGGCUCCCAAUAAGUCUCUUCCCUCAGCUGUGUACUGCAUCGAGGAUAAGAUGGCCGUCGAUGAUAAGUACAGCCGGCGUGAGGAGUACAGGGGCUUCACCCAGGACUUCAAGGAGAAGGACGGCUACAAGCCUGAUGUGAAGAUUGAGUAUGUGGACGAGACGGGCAGGAAACUGACACCCAAGGAGGCCUUCCGGCAGCUGUCCCACCGCUUCCACGGGAAAGGUUCAGGCAAGAUGAAGACUGAGCGGCGGAUGAAGAAGCUGGAUGAGGAGGCGCUCCUGAAGAAGAUGAGCUCCAGUGAUACACCCCUGGGCACUGUGGCAUUGCUCCAGGAGAAGCAGAAGGCCCAAAAGACACCAUACAUCGUGCUCAGUGGCAGCGGCAAGAGCAUGAAUGCGAACACCAUCACCAAAUGAAGCCGCCUUCCUCCCUGCCCUCCCAGAUAUGUUAAAUAAAGUCCCCUCCUUAUUUUUUC